GCAAACGUCUUUGACGAAUGGGCCAGGACACAAAAUGGGGCACGGGAGAGCAGAAGAUCUUUGUUUCUUUCUGUGCAUUAUUCAUUGUGUUCUGUACUGGUUCCUUGUGAAUGCCCGGGCCACUCGGUCACGUCAACACGCACGUUUCUCGAUCGAUUUUCUUCCCCAUCCACCAUGCUUUCUGGUGCUGGAAUCAAGAUUUUCUCUGGGACCAGUCACCCAGAACUAGCAGAGAUUAUCGCUCGCCGGAUUGGACUUCCCCUCUCCCGUGCAGACAUCACGAAAAACAGUAUUGGCGAGAACAACGUUCGGAUUGAAGAAUCCGUCCGCGAGGACGAUGUUUACAUCGUCAACACCGGUUGUGGGGCGGUCAACACUUCUCUCAUGGAGCUCUGCAUCAUGAUCCACGCUUGCAAGAUUGCCAGUGCAAAGCGCAUUACCGCCGUCAUCCCCCUGUUCCCCUACGCUCGCCAGGACAAAAAAGACAAAAGCCGGGCACCUAUCACCGCCAAACUCGUCGCGAAUAUGCUCCAGCGCUCGGGUUGCGACCAUGUCAUCACGAUGGACCUUCAUGCCUCCCAAAUCCAGGGCUUUUUUGAUGUUCCAGUGGACAAUGCGACCUCGAUGGCAGAUCGUCUUGGUGUGGACUUUGCUCUGUUCCACAAAGAGCGCAAAAAGGCAAACGAAGUCUCGAGGAUGUGGACGAUAUGGCUGAUACUUGCGGAACCUUUGGUUCUUGCUGCAUCCCAUCUUGCUGAUGCUGGAGCCACCUCUGUUUACGCUAUUGUGACCCACGGAAUCCUGAGCGGGAAUGCAUUGACCUCUGUUAUGGAGAGUCGACUAGAAAAGCUCAUCGUCACCAACACUCUACCUCAGACGGCUAACCAAGAACAGUGCUCUAAGAUCGAGGUCAUUGACAUCGGUCCGACACUGGGCGAAGUUAUUCGGAGGUCACAUUAUGGAGAGUCGGUGUCGCAGCUCUUCCACGAAGUACCUUAUUGA